CGAGCGGGAGCGGAGGAGGCGAGGCGGGCGGGCCAGAGAGGCAGUUGGAAGAUGGCGGACGAGGCGGCGCUCGCCCUUCAGCCCGGCGGCUCCCCCUCCGUGGCGGCCGAGAGGGAGGCCGCGUCGCCGCCCGCCGGGGAGCCGCUCCGCAAGAGGCCGCGCAGGGACAGCCCCGGCCUCGGGCGGAGCCCGGGCGAGCCCGGUGGGGCGGCCCCGGAGCGGGAGGCAGCGGCGGCCGGGGACGGCCUGGCGGCGGAGGCGGCGGCGGCGGCGGGAGGGGAGCGGGAGGCCCCGGCGACGGCCGCGGCCGGAGAAGGAGACAAUGGGCCGGGCCUGCAAGGCCUAGCCCGGGAGCCGCCGCCGGCCGAGGACUUCGACGACGACGACGACGACGACGAGGGCGACGAGGAGGAAGAGGCGGCCGCGGAGGCGCUGCAGUACCGAGAUAACCUUCUGUUCAGUGAUGAAAUUAUCACUAAUGGUUUUCAUUCUUGUGAAAGUGAUGAGGAUGACAGAGCUUCACAUGCCAGCUCCAGUGACUGGACCCCAAGGCCACGGAUAGGUCCAUAUACUUUUGUUCAGCAACAUCUCAUGAUUGGCACAGAUCCUCGAACAAUUCUUAAAGAUUUACUGCCAGACACAAUUCCUCCACCUGAAUUGGAUGAUAUGACACUGUGGCAGAUUGUAAUUAAUAUCCUUUCAGAACCACCAAAAAGAAAAAAAAGAAAAGAUAUUAAUACAAUUGAAGAUGCUGUGAAAUUACUCCAAGAGUGCAAAAAAAUAAUUGUUCUAACUGGAGCUGGGGUAUCUGUUUCAUGUGGAAUACCUGACUUCAGAUCAAGAGAUGGUAUUUAUGCUCGCCUUGCAGUAGACUUCCCAGAUCUUCCAGAUCCUCAAUCUAUGUUUGAUAUUGAUUAUUUCAGAAAAGAUCCAAGACCAUUCUUCAAGUUUGCGAAGGAAAUAUAUCCUGGACAAUUCCAACCAUCUCUCUGUCACAAAUUCAUAGCCUUGUCAGAUAAAGAAGGAAAACUACUUCGCAACUAUACACAGAAUAUAGAUACCUUGGAACAGGUUGCAGGAAUCCAAAGGAUAAUUCAGUGUCAUGGUUCCUUUGCAACAGCAUCUUGCCUGAUUUGUAAAUACAAAGUUGACUGUGAAGCUGUACGAGGAGAUAUUUUUAAUCAGGUAGUUCCUCGAUGUCCUAGGUGUCCAGCUGAUGAACCACUUGCUAUCAUGAAACCGGAGAUUGUCUUUUUUGGUGAAAAUUUACCAGAACAGUUUCACAGAGCUAUGAAGUAUGACAAAGAUGAAGUUGAUCUUCUCAUUGUUAUUGGGUCUUCCCUAAAAGUAAGACCAGUAGCACUAAUUCCAAGUUCCAUACCCCAUGAAGUGCCUCAGAUAUUAAUUAAUAGGGAACCAUUGCCUCAUCUGCAUUUUGAUGUAGAGCUUCUUGGAGACUGUGAUGUCAUAAUUAAUGAAUUGUGUCAUAGGUUAGGUGGUGAAUAUGCCAAACUUUGCUGUAACCCUGUAAAACUUUCAGAAAUUACUGAAAAACCUCCACGAACACAAAAAGAGUUGGUUAAUUUCUUAGAGUUACCACCAACACCACUUCAUAUUUCAGAAGAGUCGAGCUCACCUGAAAGAACUUCACCACCAGUUUCUAAAGUAAUUGUUACAGCAACUAAGAGUAAAGUUGAUGAUUUAGUCAUAUCUGAAUCAAAAAGUUGUAUGGAAGAAAAACCACAAUUAGUACAGACUUCUAUUAGGAACAAUGAGAGUAUUACUGUGGAAAAUUCGGAUUUAAAGGAUGUCGGUUCUAGUACUGAAGAGAAAAAUGAUAUAACUUCAGUUGCUGAAACGGUGAGAAAGUGUUGGCCCAAUAGACUCCCAAAGGAACAGAUCAGUAAGCGGCUUGAUGGUAAUCAGUAUUUGUUUUUACCACCAAAUCGCUACAUUUUCCAUGGGGCUGAGGUGUAUUCAGACUCUGAAGAUGAUAUCCUAUCCUCUAGUUCAUGCGGCAGUAACAGUGAUAGUGGUACAUGCCAGAGUCCAAGUUUAGAAGAACAUAUGGAAGAUGAAAGUGAGAUUGAGGAAUUCUACAAUGGCUUGGAAGAUGAUGCUGAUAUCCCAGAGCGAGAUGGAGGAGCUGGAUUCGGGGUUGAUGGAAAUGACCAAGAGCCAGUUAAUGAAGCUAUAUCAAUGAAACAGGAAGCACCAGAUACGAGCUAUCCAUCAAACAAAUCAUAAUGUAAUUGGUCCAGGUACAGGAAUUGCUCCACCAGCAUUAGGAAUUUCAGCAUGUCAAAAAUGAAUGUUUACUUGUGAACUCAGUAGAGCAAGGAAACCAGAAAGGUGUAAUAUGUAUAGACUGAUAAAAUAGAUCUUUUUCCCAUGGGUAAUUUUUUAACCAUUAUUUCUGUUCUUGUACACUCAACACUAACACUUUUUAAAGAAAAGGUACUAAGUAUCUUUAAUCAGCUGUUGGUCAAAACUUUCUUUUAAAGGUUUGUAUGAUACAUCUGUAUGUAUAUAUAGUUUUUGGUUUUGCCUAGUGAGUUUAAACAUUUAAAAGUUUUCAAAAAGCCAUUGGAAUGCUAAUGUAAAGGGAACAGCUUAUCUAGACCAAAGAAUGGUAUUUUCACUUUUCUUUGUAACAUUGAAUGGUUUGAAGUCCUUGAACUUUUUGAUUUACACACUGGCAUCUUCCAAAACUUGUGGCAGCUAACUUUUUUAAGACAAAAAAAAUGAUACGAAAUGUGAUGAGAACGAAGUCAGCAAUGUGUGGGAAAGCACCUGGUGUAAUACUUGGUGCUCAAAAGUAUUGUAUUUAUUAUUCAAAUGAAAAUGGCUUUUGUACUUCCUAAGGACAUGUAGUAAUGUCUAUAUUGGCUCAUAAAACUAGCCUGAUAAGCAAAUAAAUGCUUUGGAAAUGUUUCAGUUGCUUUAGAAACAAUAGUGCCUGCAUUGAUCCCCUUAGUUCUGAGUGUUUGCCAUUGUUGUUUAAAUACCUAUCACUGUGGUAGAGCUUGCAUUGAUCCUUUUUCAGAGUAUUAAACUGCCAAGGUGUGAAUAUGCAAAGCCUUUUUGAAUCUAUAAUGGUACUUCUACUGGGGGAGUGUGUAAUAUUUUGGACUGCUUGUUUUUCCAUUAACGAGGAGAGCAACAGUUCCCUGAUUACAGUUCCAAAGUAAUAACUCAGCCAGAAAGUACAUGUCUCCUAUGGGGAGGACUUGGUGAAAUGGAAUGAAUACCAAACAGCUAGCCUAGUAUUAUGAAGAUGAACAUUGAUUGUAAUAGCAGAAUAGUUUAUGAAACUAGCUAGCUCCUAUAAGGUAUCUUUAUUUAAAAGCUUAGCCUGCCUUAAAUAGAGAUAAUUUUUCUCAACUGCACAAGCUUUUAGCCUUUUGAAGUUCAUACCUGCAAACUUACAUAGUAAGUGCUUAACAGACCCAUUUUUUUGAGCAUUACUCCCAAAUUAUGAAGUAUUCCUGUUGGUUUAAUAUUUAUUAAAAAGGGGGUUGAAAUUCAGCUGUUCUUUUUGCUUAAUACCCAAAUAGGACCAUUAUUGCCAGAGAAAAACUCUUACUGAAUGGUCAUUUCCAUACCUGAAAGACAUCUCAAACUGAGUUUAUUUGGCUACACUAAAGAAUGCAGUAUAUUUAGUUUUCCAUUUGCAUGGUGUGUUUGUGCUAUAGAUGAUAUUUUAAAUUGAGAAAUUUGUUUUAAAUUAUUUUUACAGUGAAGACUGUUUUCAGCUCUUUUAUAUUGUACAUAGUCUUUUAUGUAAUCUACUGGCAUAUGUUUUGUAGACUGUUUAAUGACUGGAUAUACUUCCUCCAACUUUUGAAAUACAAAACCAGUGUUUUAUACUUGUACACUGUUUUAAAGUCUAUUAAAACUGUUAUUUGACUUUU